ACAUUUGUAAAUCAGCUGUUCGUCUGCAAAGUUUAUUCGUGUUUUGCUAAUGCAAAAUCAUAACAAUGAAUAAUUUGGAUAGUUCAGUGCAAGCGCACACCAAAUUGGAAAAGGAAACAACCAAUUUGGUGCUGCUAAAGGAUCGCGUUGACAAGUAUCAUGAUCUCUCCAAUCAAAUGUCCAGCAUACUUACGAUCUUCGAGAAGCGUUUGGGCAACUUGGAACAAACAAUUUUGCCCGUCUAUCAGGAAACGGAACAACUGCAAAAGCGACAACAAAAUUUGGAAGCCACACUGAACUGUCUGGAGAGCGUACUCUCACACUACGAUGUCUCACAGGAAGUCUGCCAACUGAUUCAUCAAGGUCCUGUAGAGGGUAACAUUGGUGCCUUUCUGGAUGCACUGGCCAAGCUACGCGCUGCCAUGGAUUACUUUCUGCACAACAACUCUCAGAGUGUGGAACUGGAGAAUGUCACCAGUCUUUUUAAUACCGGCUGUGAGGGUCUCAAUCAGCACUACAGCAUGCUGCUAAAGAAGCACAGUGCGCCACUGAAGCCUGUGGAGCUGCUGGACCUAAUCUAUAUAGAGGAUGAUUCAUCCAGUGAUGAGUAUACAUCCUUUCGUCAGCUAUCGCAGAGCACGCGAGAGGAACUAUUCACCAUUUCACUCUGGCUCGAGCAAAAUAUGCGAGAAUAUACGCACAUUUAUGCAACUGAGCGGGGAGAGGUUGUAUUGCGCUCUCUGCAGCUGUUGAAGGAUCAUCAGAAGAGCAGCAGCUGGGGCAACGAAGCUUUGAGACCACGUCACAGUGGACGCCAGAAUCAAGAACCCAAGAAGAACACUUCGGCGAGACUGCAGCAAAUCUUCGAAAAGAAGGCCAAUAAAUUGUAUUUGCGGGCAACACAAACUAUUGAGCAGUCCACAGGCUUCUCCAUUAAAAAGGCAUCCUCACACUCUGAUCAUUUGACAUCCGAAGAUCUGCUUGAUGGCGAUCAGGAGUUGGACAAGUAUUUGGUCAUGUUGCUCGGCCUACAGCGGCUGCUCAACUGGGAGCGGGCCAUAAUGCGUGACGUUAUACCGCAAUCCAAGCACAAUGAAGUAUUCGCACGUCUGGCUUACAAUGCCAUCGAUUUGGUGGUUAAGGAUGCGGAGGCCAUAACACAGCGCAUUCGACGCUGCAUUGAACGCAAGGAAUGGACCUCAGCGUUGGGCAUCUUCUCAGCCCUGAAGCGAGUGAUACUCCUGCAACCGGAUAUUGAACGCACCUACGAUGCGGCACAGCGGGAACAGUUGACAAAGGUGCUGAACAAGCUGCAACAGACGGGUGCCAAGGCAUUGGAGCACUUCCUGGAAGUAGUCAAGGGCGAAUCCAGUACUAAUAUUGUGGGCCAGAGCAAUGUGCCCAAGGAUGCGACCGUUCAUGAGUUGACCUCGAAUACGAUUUGGUUUAUUGAACAUUUGUAUGAACACUUUGAUGUAAUUGGUGCUAUACUUGCCCACGAUGUGUUGUACUCCACACAGCUGGACACCAUUCUGAUGAAGAAGGCGCUGCCUGGCGAGGAGCGCAACAAGGCGCUACUAGCUAUUUACAUAAAGAAAGCGCUGGCCGAACUCAACUUGUCGAUUAUGAACAAAUGCGAACAGUACAAUGAUCAGGCCACCAAACAUCUGUUCAGGCUGAAUAACAUACACUACAUACUCAAAUCACUGCAGCGUUCCAAUCUCAUUGACUUGGUUACCCUGGCUGAGCCGGAGUGUGAGCAUAGUUAUCUGGAGAUGAUACGUGAGCUGAAGACAAGCUAUCAGAAGACCUGGUCGAAAAUGCUCUCGGGCAUUUACUCAUUAGAGGAGCUGCCCAAACCAGUCGGUGGCAAGGUCAAGGACAAGGAUCGCAGUGUGCUCAAGGAGCGUUUUUCGAACUUCAACAAGGACUUUGAGGAGGCUUGUAAAAUCCAACGUGGCAUUUCCAUACCCGAUGUUAUUCUACGCGAGGGCAUCAAACGCGACAAUGUGGAGCACAUUCUUCCCAACUACAAUCGCUUCUUUGAAAUGUAUGCUGCUGUGCAGUUCAGCAAGAAUCCCGAUAAGUACGUCAAGUAUCGACCACAUGAGAUUAAUGCCAUGCUCAGCAAACUCUUUGAUGACUCCGCUUAAGUGACAUUCCCCUCUCCAAGUUUUUGUACGUUCGUUCGGCUUUUUAAUUCCAACACAAUAAAUAUUGUUUAAAAAAUA